UAUGUUUGGACUUAUCUCAUUUCAGUUGUCCCACUUAUCCCUGGGCAAUGUAGCAUGUUCAAUAUGCAGCCUGUUUUCCCACAUUGUUUCCACAUACAGACAGCAUACACGUAAAAUACCCAUGAUGCAUUCCUCAAAGUUUUUUAGACGCAAAUUAUACAUGACAUCAGUGCUGGACUUUUUUCAGCAGCACAAAAAAGAAAAGAAAAAACAACAACCACUGCUCUGAUAGGAAAUGCCUGUGAGUGAGACAAGUUUAUAAUGUAGGGUACCAGAUCCCCCUACUGACACUGAAGGAAGUAAUAUGCUACCUUCAUGUCUCGGAAAGUUGGUGUUAUAAAACAGUUUUAUUUAUACAAAAUUGCUCAGAUAAAAUGAUGAUGAAACGGACGCUGAAAUAACUGGCUGUUCAACGAAGAGAAAACUUUUGAUUUGGCAACUUGUUCGCUGUUUUGUUUCUGCUGACGUCUCAGUCAGAUUUUUCCCACACGAUGUGAACGCAGCACGGUAAACACCAGCCGCUGCAGCCGUGAUCUAUCUAUGCUUUAAAAUCCUGGCAGCAUAAUGUCUUCUCAAGACUUUUAUCUCUCGUAUCAAGGACUUCCACUUCCCAAAGAAACUCACUCCUUGGAGAGCUUGAACUUUAUUCGAGAAUUCACAUUUAAAGGCGACGACGUCGUGGCUGUCACAUAUCCCAAGUCAGGUACAAUCUGGAUGCAGGAGAUCCUCCCACUGGUGCUGAAUGGCGGGGAUCUGACACCAAUCCAAACCAUUCCUAACUGGGACAGGGUCCCCUGGCUUGAAGAGAAAAGAUUAGCAGUGGUUGUGGAUCAGCUGACCUCUCCACGGGCGAUGGUCACUCAUUUCCCUUACAACCUCAUGCCUCCUUCCUUCCAUGCCUCCAAAGCCAAGGUGAUCUAUGUCAUGAGAAACCCCAAGGACGUCCUGGUGUCAUCAUACUACUUCCACCAGAUGGCUGGAUUCCUCCAUGAUCCAGGAACCUUUGAUGAGUUUAUGGCCAGUUUCCUGGAGGGCAGAGUGCUGUUUGGAAAAUGGACAGACCACGUGAAGAGCUGGAGACAGACAGAGCUGGGAGACAGAAUAAUGUACAUCACAUACGAAGAAAUGGUUCAGGACCUUCCUGCAGCUCUCAGGAGGAUGUCUGAUUUCCUGGGACGUAAUCUGAGUGAGGAAGUCAUCCAGAAGAUAGCACAGCAAUGCUCCUUUAGGUCGAUGAAGGUCAACAACAUGUCCAACUUCAGCCUGGUCCCCAAAGAAUUGAUGGACAGUGACAAAACUCCAUUUCUCAGGAAAGGUGUUGUGGGAGACUGGAAAAACCAUUUCACCUCAGAGCAACUGGCCAAAUUCACAUCGGUCAUUCGCAAAGAGAUGGGGAAAGAGACUUACUCUUUGCCAUGGGACUUGGAUUGAACAACAGCUGGAACAAAGAUGGCGGGUGAAAUAGCUAUAGAAAUAAAAUAAAAUGAAUGAAUAUCAAGCAUGUAGGAAUUUGAUGCAAAAUUCUCAUACUUUUGGUUUUAAUAUUAAACGAAUAAAAGCAUUUAAGUGACUGCAUCCACACACUUAUGCUCCAGUACCAGACACAUUUUUUGUGUUUCUGCCAUGAAACAUGAUGAUGACGAUCACUGAAACAACAGUGAAGCACAAUGACGACUUCUUGCCCACUACACAAUGUCUCUUUUAUACAGUUGUCCUUCUUUUGUACUAAUUACUGCACAGUUGUACUAACAAUUUAGUCCAUACUAAUUACUGUAUAACUACUGAUAAGUAAUUACAAAUAUGACAUACAAUUUUUGGUAUUAAUUACGAGUAAUUACACUUUCCACUCGAUUUAUUACUGUUUACACCAAGUAGUUUAAAUUUAUUCUCUGAAAGUUUCUAAAUCUUAAUGUUAGGUUUAAUGAUUUUUUCACUAAACUAACUUGGUAUUUUACACAAGUAUUCAGGUAUAAAUUUAGUGUGUUUUAAUGUUAAGUAUUUCUACUCCUAAUUGUUCUUCUCCUAUUGUUUGUUGAGUGAUUCAUUAAAAGCUUUAUAAUUUUCAUAUUGUGUUAUGUUUAAACAUUUGGUCCUCUAGUAUAGAACUCUUACUGGAUUCAUUAUUUCCAUUUGUGUUAAUUACUGCUUGCUUUGGCCUCUAAGUAUAUACUUAAAGAAGUCAAGUCUACUUGGUCAUUUUUUAAAGUUUCUUUUUAUAAAUGAAACAUGGAGGCACAAACUUGCCAUACCAAGGUGAGCUGACCCAAUGUAAACCUCCUAAUGGUAGAGAAAAAGUAAUUUCAACUAAAUGUCACUGUUAGAUCAUGUUAACAAAGCAUUUAAUUAAACUAAACUAUAUUCAGUCUUACAUUUAGUGUUAGAGCUAAAUGGUAUGCGAGAAUACCAAGCGGCGCUUAUCAUCCCUCACACAAACUGCCACAGGUAUUGGUUUUCGGCAGACAAGCUCAAACAAGUCGAGUGCUCACAAUGUGCCUGGCAUCAAGCAGCAAAGAUCUGAUCUGUUGACGAAGGAGCUGUUGAUGAAAAACCACAUCAGACAUGUAGCAAGUAAAAGAUAUUUUGUUUAUG